UCGAUCGCACGCGCACAUCCCGCGACGUCAAAACCUUUGUGCUUAACACACAACUCUCGUUCUGUUACGUUGGUGAUGAUGAGCUGGGAGCAGGGACAUGACCGAGGGGAAAAGUUGGAGAUCAACGAGGCGGUUGGGAAGCUUUUGCUGUCAUUCAAUUACGACACCAUAGUCGCUCAGCCUUCCAAAGGCGGCGGCUGUAUGCGAAAGAAGCAUGUUAAGCGGCCUAUGAAUGCGUUUAUGGUGUUCGCGCAGGCUAUGCGUAGACGGCUUUCCGAGCAACGACCUUCGCUGCACAACGCAGAGCUCAGCAAGUCCUUGGGUUCUAUGUGGAAGAGCCUAAGCGAUGACCAGAAGCUACCUUUUAUCAAGGAGGCAGAAAAGUUGCGUACCCAACACAAACGGGAGUACCCUGACUACAAAUACCAACCGCGCCGCCGCAAGCCACCACCGGCAGCCACAGCCAGGUUGAAGCGUGAGAAAACCCCGGAACUUGAUUUCUCCCGCAUCGAAGUAGACGGAGCGUUGCUCGCGGAUGGACCGCCUGAUGGUGCGGAGUUAGACCAGUACCUGAAGCCAGCGCCUCUUUUAGACUACCACGAGAUGCAACCCCGGUACACCCACAGCUUACAGCACCCAUCAGGACUGUACUCCCCCUCGGUUCCCUCACAUUUACACCCACCGUGUGGAGAUUGGCACUACCAAGGGCAUCCCUAACGCGAACAAGCACAAGCCUAUUAUGGGUGCCUAAGGUUUCAAAGGUCUUGGCGCGGUUCUUGUACACUAAACCAAAAAAUAGAGAUAAUUGUUAGUAUUAUAAUAAACCUAUAGAUUUAAAAUAAACUUUUUCUUUUAUUUCAUAUUUUUAACUUG